AGCCGAAGAUGUCGGCUCGGUCAUGUGAUCAGCUGUGUCCAAUCACAGCUGAUCGCAUGGGACAUGUACACUGAUCAUCAGGCCACUGAUGAUCAGUGUGCCCUGAUGAUCAGUGUAGCCCCAGCAGUGCCACCUUUCAGUGCCCAUCAAUGCUACAUAUCAGUGCCACAGGUGACACUGAGCUGCCUUUCAGUGCCACCUAUCAAUGCCAGUCAGUGCUGCCUAUCAGUGCCGCCUAACAGUGCCAGUCAGUACCACAAAACAGUGCCAGUCAGUGCCGCCUAUCAGCGCCGUAUAUGAGUGAUGCCUGUCAAUGCCCAUCAGUGCCACCUACCAGUGCCUGCAUCAGUG